CGUGGGCGUUGCGGAGAGCAAGUCGCAGCUCCUGGUUAUCAUACGAAGCGGGUAUAUAAAUCUCGGAUUGUGUGCGCCUACUCGAACGGCCCUCGCACAGAUACAUGGCAACACAGCGCCAACGACGCCAACGACGCCAAAUGAUCCUUGUCAGUCUCACAGUGUCCCCUGGAGAAUGAUCAAAGCAUAAUCGCCAACUUGCCAGCAAGAACCAUGUCUCCGCUUUCUGCUGGCAGAUAUAAAAGAGGCGAGUGAUCUAGCAUCCCUCUUCCACAUUUCAAGGUCCCAAGUUCUCAAUCCAUUUUCAACCCUGUCCGCCAUGGCUGACACAACCGACACCAAGCAUGUCGACGGCGACGUCCGUGACGUCCAGAUCACCGAUGCCGAUGUCAAGGAUCAUAAGGAUUUCGAAGAGGUGCAGCCGCACGAUGCCACCGCCUACAGCAAUCACCCGGAGGAGACCCAAGUUACGGCACGCGCCAUCCUCGUCGGAAUGAUGCUCGGUACCAUCGUCGGCGCUUCGAACCUCUACCUCGGGCUGAAGACCGGUUUCACCUUCGGCGCAUCGCUAUUCGGUGCCAUUGGUGGCUUCGCUAUCCUCAAGCCGCUUUCUCGCGUCAUAGGCGGUCACUUUGGCCCUAAGGAAAACUGCACCGUUCAGACUGCUGCGACCGCCUCCGGUGGUCUCACGAUCAUCUUCGUCUCCGCCAUCCCUGCCAUGUACAAGCUCAACCUCCUUGGCGCAUCGCCAAAGGAGGACAUUGGUCGCCUCAUGCUCCUUACCCUCGUUGGAUCCUACUAUGGUCUCUUCUUCGCUGUUCCCCUCCGCAAGUACUUCGUUAUCAAGCAAAAGUUGCCUUUCCCUUCGCCCACCGCUUCCGCCUACACCAUCCGCUCUCUGCACGAGGGUGCUGCCGGUGAGGCUGCCGGUAUCAAGAAAGCCAAGGUCAUGUUUGGCUGUUUCUUUGCCGCGAUCAUUUGGACGAUUAUCGGCUAUUUCGUUCCCGGUAUCUUGAAAGACAUGCAUGUGUUCUACUGGCUUUACUCCUGGGGAUACCACGCUGCCAUCCAGGCCGAGAAUUGGCACUGGUGGUUCGAAUGGACGCCCGCCUUCAUCGGCGCCGGAAUGUUGAGCGGUAUGAACGCAUCCGCGUCAUUGGCUUUCGGGUCCUUCUUGGCUUGGGGCCUCAUUGGCCCAAUGCUCGUUGCCAACGGCUUGGCGUUCGGAGGUCCAAAACAACUACUAAUGGGUAUGGAACCAACGGACCCUGGAUUCGAGCCGGACUAUAUUCACUACAUGGCUGCGAUAACCGCCGACCCCAAGAACGCGCCGUCGCCCAGGUACUGGAUGCUCUGGCCCGGAGUGAUGCUCAUGGUAGUCACCUCCUUCGCUGAGCUCGGCUGGAAUUGGAAGUACAUCUACUCUGGUUUGAAAGGUGCCAUCGAUGGCGUUUUCCGCAAGAACGGUGGCGCGGACGUCGAUGGCGAAGACGUGGACCCCGCGCCCGCUCACGAGCAAGUUCCGGUCUGGGCCUGGAGCAGCGGUAUCCUCGUUGCUGCCGUCUUGACCAUCAUCGUCCUCCGCACACAGUUCAACGUCGGCAUUGGAGAAGGCAUCCUCUCCAUCAUCCUCGCUUUCUUCUUCGCCUUCAUCGGGUUGCAAUCCGCAGGUUACACCGACAUCAACCCCGUCUCAGCCGUCGCCAAGACCUCUCAGCUCGUGUUUGGUGGCGUCACCAAAGGCCAAGGCAUGGUCAAAGGCCAAGAUCUCAUCGACGCUCAGCGUCUGAACCUUGUCGCCGGAACCGUUGCCGCCGCCGCGGCGGCGCAAAGUGUCGACAUGGUCGGAGACCUGAAAACUGGCCAUAUCCUCGGAGCCGCCCCGAAAGGCCAAUUCUGGGCCCAAGUCGCCGGCACCCUCAUCUCCGUACCCGUCUGCGUGGGCCUUUUCGUCCUCUAUUCGCAAGCGUACCCCUGCAUCACAGAGACCGACGCCUACAUCAAGGCCAACAAGAUCGAGUGUCCGUUCGACAUGCCGUCCGUCGGCGCAUGGAAGGCCUGUGCGAUUGCGCUCACGGACCCCAACCCCGCCAUUCCGAACAGCAGUGGAUACGUUGCAAUCGGCGCCGCGUUCUUUGCCGUCCUCACCGUCAUCCUUCGCAACACGCUGUCACCCAAACUCGCCCGCUUCGUGCCCAACACCGCCGCUAUUGGCAUUGCAUUCGUGUUGCCUGACACAAUCUACGGGUCCGCCAUGGUGUUUGGAGCGGCGAUUUCCUUGCUCUGGGAGCGGAAGUCGCCCGCCAGUGCUGCUUUCUACAUGUCUGCUGUCGCCGCUGGAUUGAUUGCUGGCGAAGGUAUCGGGGGUCUCAUCCAGGCCAUCCUACAGCUUGCAGGUAUCACGCAAGCCGAACAUGCCAAUUACGUCGGAUGCCCCUUCGGCCCAGGAGGAUGCUAGUUACCCCUUACUGUGACCACAUUAGCGACCUCAGACGGCGAGAAGCAAUAGAUAGCUGGCUCUGUCUUUUCACCCCUCGCCUUUCUUUUGGGCGUACUUUCCCGCAUAUACACCCACCGCUUAGGUACCGGCCCCAGGUUGACCUCAACUGUACAUAUAUGCGCUUGUAUACUCGGCGUACCUAAUACAUAUCCUGUUUUGGGCGAUUUAGCGUGCUUCAAG